UUUGACAGCCCGAGUUUCAACAAAUCAUCGUCGUCGGCAUAAAAACUUGAAUUUCGUUGUGCAAAAGAUUUCCCAGCGUUCGUGCAAGAUGUCGACAAACGAGAAAGUCGAAGAGACCGUCGUUAAAACAAAGGGCAAGGAUAAGGAAGAGGAGAAAACGGAACUGUCCGACGAGGACAAGCAACUGCAGGAUGAGCUAAACAUGCUCGUCGAGCGGCUUCAGGAGUCGGAUGCGGAGCUCUACCGACCAUCGCUGGAGGCCAUGGCGAACUUGAUCCGGGCCUCGACCACCUCGAUGACGUCGGUCCCGAAGCCGCUCAAGUUUAUGCGACAGCACUACGAGACGAUGAAGGAAAUCCAUAAGAAGAUGACGGCCAAGCUGAAGGAUGUCGAUACGCUGAAGCUGUGCGCCGAGAUCAUCUCCGUGCUGGCGAUGACCAUGGGAACGGGCAAGGAGUGUCUCGUGUACCGCCUGCUGAGUGAUAACAGCACUGAGAACAUCGGCGAAUGGGGUCACGAGUACGUGCGCCAUCUGUCCGGUGAAAUCGCAUCCAACUGGCCGGAAUCGACCGACAAUCUGUUCAAGAACCGAUUGAUCGAGCUCAUCCACCAGAUCAUACCGUACAACAUGGCGCACAAUGCGGAGGCCGAAGCGUGCGAUCUGCUAAUGGAGAUCGAGCGGCUCGAUUUGCUGGAAAACUACGUGGACGAGAGCGCUUAUCCGCGCGUCUGUCUGUAUCUGCAGAGCUGCGUUCCGUAUGUGGCCGAGCCGGAGAACAUUAGCCUGCUCAAGUGUGCCCUGAGCUUGUCCCGUAAGUUCAAGCAACACACCCAAGCCAUGCGCCUCGCGAUGAUGAUUAACGAUACGGAGCUGAUCAAGGAGAUCUUUAUGUCGUGCGGGGACACCGCGGUGCAGAAGCAACUUGCCUUCAUGCUCGGUCGUCAGCAGAUCUUCCUGGAGCUGCCGGAGGGCAGCAACGACUAUGACGAUCUCGUGGAGAUCAUGUCGAAUUCGCAUCUGAAUCAUCACUUCCUCAACUUGGCCCGAGAGCUCGACAUCAUGGAGCCGAAAACGCCAGAAGAUGUGUACAAAUCGCAUCUGGAUAACUCGCGCGUUCCGUUCGGUUCGCAGAUUGAUUCAGCGCGCCAGAACCUUGCCGCCAGUUUUGUCAAUGGUUUCGUCAACGCCGGCUUCGGACAGGACAAGCUGUUGAUGGAGGAUGGCAACAAGUGGCUGUACAAGAACAAGGAGCACGGUAUGCUGAGCGCGACCGCUUCGCUCGGUUUGAUUCUGCUGUGGGAUGUGGACGGUGGUCUUACCCCGAUCGACAAGUAUCUCUACUCGAAUGAGGAUUACAUCAAAUCGGGUGCCCUGCUUGCUUGUGGCAUCGUCAACUGUGGCGUCCGGAACGAGGUAGAUCCGGCGCUGGCUCUUCUGUCGGACUAUGUGCUGCAUCAGAACAGCACGAUGCGCAUUGGCGCGAUCCUCGGUCUAGGUUUGGCGUAUGCCGGCUCGAACCGUUCGGUGGUGCUCGAGCUAAUUGGAUCGGUGUUCAGUUCGGAACGUCGCACGGGCACAACGAUGGAAGUCAUGGGCAUUGCGGCCCUUUCCCUCGGUAUGAUCGCCGUCGGAUCCUGCAACAGCGAAGUGACGGAGGUGCUGCUGCAGAUUAUCAUGGAGCGUAGUGAGGCCGAUCUAAAGGACACUUACGCACGCUUCCUGCCACUUGGACUGGGACUGGUGUACCUUGGCCGACAGGAAGCGGUCGAGGCGGUGACGGCCGCUCUGGAGGUCGUUGACGAACCAUUCCGUUCGAUGGCGACCACGAUGGUGGAUAUCUGUGCUUACGCCGGUACCGGCAACGUGCUGAAGAUUCAGCAACUGUUGCAUCUCUGUUCGGAGCACUAUGAACCGGCCGCCUCGUCUGGGGAGGAGCCAGCGUCGAAAAAAGAUCAAAAAGAUUCCGGAAAAGAAAAGGAGGAUAAAGAGAAAGAUCUGUCCGGUUGCCAAGCGGUGGCCGUGCUCGGUAUUGCCCUGAUUGCGAUGGGCGAAGAGAUCGGUGCCGAGAUGGCAUUCCGAUCGUUCGGUAAUCUGCUCCGUUACUGUGAGCCCUGUAUUCGUCGUGCCGUACCGUUGGCACUGGGGCUGAUCUCCGUGUCGAACCCGAAGCUGAACAUUCUCGAUACCCUGAGCAAGUUUUCGCACGACAGCGAUGCCGAGGUAGCACAUAAUGCCAUCUUUGCGAUGGGAUUGGUUGGAGCAGGCACCAACAAUGCUCGGCUGGCAUCGAUGCUCCGCCAGCUGGCACAGUACCACGCGAAGGAUCCGAACAAUCUAUUCAUGGUACGCAUCGCCCAAGGACUGACCCAUUUGGGUAAGGGAACGUUCACAAUCAGCCCGUAUCACAGCGAUCGUCAGCUGAUGAGCCCGGUGGCUGUUGCUGGCCUGAUGGCCGCUCUCGUUUCCUUCCUGGAUGUUAAAAACAUCAUUCUUGGAAAGUCUCACUAUCUGUUGUACACCCUAACGACCGCCAUGCAGCCCCGCAUGUUGAUCACCUUUACGGAAGACCUCAACUCGUGCCCCGUACCCGUUCGCGUCGGAAUGGCUGUCGAUGUGGUGGGCCAGGCAGGUAAACCGAAAACGAUCACCGGCUUCCAGACGCACACCACUCCCGUCCUGCUGGCGAUGGGUGAGCGAGCGGAGCUGGCCACCGAGGAGUACAUUUCGCUAACCCCCAUCAUGGAGGGAUUCUGUAUUUUGCGAAAAAAUCCCAACUAUGUCCCGUAAGAGCUCGAUCGAGCAAUGCAAACCAGCGCAUACCCUCCCUUUUUCGGUUCCUCCUGCGAGGAUGCUUUGCUAGAGAGAGCGACAGAAACAUCAACAUCAACCACUACGAACUGACCAGAUGUGCGUGGAUUUAUUGCUGGAGCUCCUAAACAGUGCACAUGCUCUGUCGUCUUAUACUUAAGAAACGUAAUAAAUAAUGAUUUUUCGAAAUGGUAAACGAUCA